AUGACAAAGCCGACAUUAUCAACUGUUGAUAAAUCAAAGUCAGAUUUUGAAUUUUUUCUUACAUAUGAUCAAGAUCAAAUAAUUAAUAAAAAUUUCACAAUUUCGUCAAAACUGACUAAUAAAUAUGAUAAAACUCAAAAAUGCAACCCUGUAAUAAAUAAAUGUUUAGCUACACUUAGUCUACGUAUGAAACUUAACAAUGAUGGUAUGAUUAUUGAAGUGUGGUGCCAUCCACCAUCGUUAUUAUUGAUUGUCAGUCACGAUAAAACAUGUAUCAUGAGUCAUGUGGAUGUCUCAAGAGAAAAUACGACUAUCGAAGUAACACUUAAUGCUCAUACUACGGGUACAUUUGCUCCAAUGAUGAACGCUAAGUUUUAUGACCAUCCUUCUAAUAACUUACAAGACCUAUUUGGUGACGAAAUUAGAGUGAAAAAUUCACCGGAUGAAUAUGAACAUGAAAAUCGUUUUAAUUCGGAUCAAAAUUCACUUAAUUUAGAGACAACUGCCAGAACUACGACCAGAGCUACAACAACUACUAAGAAGACUAUUAUUACGUUAACCAAAAAGAUUAAGCCAUCUAAAGUUGGAAGACUCCGAGUCACUACGCAGCCAACAGCCAUUCUUUCUCAUGUGCCACAUAUUCAGCAUCCAACAUCUAAGAGUACUACACCAAAAGUAAUCGUUUCUGGUUCAAAACAUACAAUUCCAUUCAAACCGUAUGAAGCAACCCUCCCAACUGCAACUAACAUUUUUUUCUUGAAUUAUAGUUCGAUAUCGUUAUCAGGAAUACGACCAAGCAAGGGUUUAUCUCCAGUAAAUCCGCUUGAUGAUUGUUCAGAUGAAAAGACUACAGAGUCCACUUAUCCACCAUUUAUUGAUCACGAUUUGUUGACGAAUUGUACUGACCAUAUUGCACUUAUAAAUAGUUCUUAUGUGAUGAAAGCUACUAGCAAAUCUUUAAAGAUAAAUGCAAGCAUAAAUCCUGAUAGUAAAGGACUUCAUUUUCCCGCAGGGACGCAUGAGAUUAAACUAACAAUGACCGUAGCAGCCGUUGUCAUGAGAAUUACAAUACCAGGACCAUCUANCACUUAUCCACCAUUUAUUGAUCACGAUUUGUUGACGAAUUGUACUGACCAUAUUGCACUUAUAAAUAGUUCUUAUGUGAUGAAAGCUACUAGCAAAUCUUUAAAGAUAAAUGCAAGCAUAAAUCCUGAUAGUAAAGGACUUCAUUUUCCCGCAGGGACGCAUGAGAUUAAACUAACAAUGACCGUAGCAGCCGUUGUCAUGAGAAUUACAAUACCAGGACCAUCUAAUGUCGACCUAAUUGCGAUUGCUUUAACACACGCUUCCGGACAUAAAAUUUCAGUACAAUCACCGCAACAUAUAAAUCCAACUGUAACUGGACUUCCCUUGUUUGAGUCAUCCGUAGUCAUAAUCCAACUACUGCAUACGUUUGACUCAAAACAACCCAGACACGUAACGUUCAAUAUCGCAAUUUGUUUUAGAGUUCCACUACCACCAAGGCCUACACUGAAAUUUAAUCCAACAUCGAAAUCAACAGCUACUAUUGCAACGCCUACGUCAUUGGUGAUCGGAACUACAACUAUGAAAUGUAACUAUAGCAUACCUAUAAUUGGUGGAACCUACAUCGAGAGUGUAUCCACCGUGGACAAUUAUCGCAAUGAUAAAAUUACAACACCAGAGAUCAACUAUGGAGGACCGUCUGUAUGUGACAACCCAACGCAACCAAAAAUCGUACAAUCGGGAUUUAAACCGUUUCGUUCAAAAGAUAAAAAUGAAACGUUUUCAACAAUACAAACCGUAGCGGACAUGGACCAUGAUGCGUUAGAUGAAGCUGAUCAUGAUUGUGAAGAUCACAUUAUACUUUUCGGCGGGAAAUAUGUUAAAAAUAUAACUACACCAUUAGAAUCUAAUAUAAUACUCGGAGAUGCCAUAAAUCUAGGAUCUUCUGGUCUGACGUUCGACCACAAUAGAACACACAUAAUUAAAAUUGAAUUGAUCGAAGUCCUCCACAUACAAUAUGUUGAAAUCCCUAGGCCAAGUAACGUCAAUCGCUUUGCUAUUAAUUUACGAGAUCCAAAAGGUUACGUAACUACAUUUAUUUCAAAGCAAGCCGAAGCUCCAAAUAUACCUAGUUUUCCAGAGUUUGACACAAUUGUGAUUUAUAUAUAUGUACUUAGUACAGUCAAUUCGGAGCCUUCUUCUUACAUCACAUUAAACAUUUUCAUGUGA